CAAAACUCGUCCCAGUGCUCAAGCAAUUCGAAGCUCCGGAACAUUCCGAAGACGACCAAAGCCUUCUCGAACUUUCGCACUCGUCGUAUAUAGGCACCGCGACAACAUCCCCUACCAUCACACCAUCAAUCACAGAGCAACUGGAAUAGCAGCUCCAACAAAAGCCCAACGCACCAGCAGCAAUGGCGUCUCGCCGUUUCUUCUACGACGACCCCUACGACUACUACUACACCUCCCCGUACCACUACGCCUACCCCUAUUACCGGUACCAGCACCCCGCUCCGUCCCGCGGCGUCGGCGGGUUCUUCCCGGCCGCCGCAGAAGCCGCGCCGGAGGCGGUGAAGGUGGACCCGCGGCCCAGGGUCGAGUCUUCGAGGUCGGUCUCCGUUCCCGUCCGCUUCGUCGGUUCCGAUCCGGAGCCGGUGCGCGGGGCGGCCAGGAUGCCACAGGCGGCGGUGCUGAGGAAGCGGGCGCCGUCGUCGGAGGCGGCGGCGAUUAGGCUGCAGGCCGCUGCGCGCGGGUUCAUGGCGAGGAAGUCGGUGCGUGCUGUUCGUGAGGUGGAGCGUGAGGCGGCGGAGGUCGGAGAGAAGGUUGCGCGCGAGGCGGAGGCGCUGCGCGGGGACGCGAGGGCGCGGAUCGCCGUCGGGGAGACGCUGAUGAAGAUGCUGCUGCGGCUCGAUGCGGUGCGAGGCGCGCGGGAAUACCGGAAGAGGGUCACCAAGCGGGUCCUCGCGCUGCAGGAUGCUGUUGACGCCCUCGAACCAAAGCCGGCGCCGGAUUCGGAGGUCGUGGCGGAGGAGAACGAGUCUGAGGUGACGUCCGAGAUGGUGGACGACAGCGCGGAGGCGACGGAGAUGCCGGUCGCCGCUGAGCACAGCGGCGGGGUUGGGGUGAAUGCGGCGGCUGAGACGGUUGCCGAUAUGGAGGUGGACGGGGGCAAAGCUGACAGCGAGGCGGUGCCAGAAGCGGUGAAGGAAUCCGAAAAUAAGCAGGACGACGGGCACAUUAACGGCGACCAGACGGAAGUCUCCAAUGAGGGCGAAUGGGAGAUGGUGGCGGAUGAAGCGGAGCCUACAACUGCGGCGACGGGUUCCACCGAGGCGCCCCCGCAGACACCGAUGACGAGCGAGGUGAUGAGGCCGACAGGGGAGGCCGGAGCUGCCGACAGCGCCCUGGACACUCGGAAGGUUAUGGAGAUGGUCGCGGCCCUGUGCGAGCAGAACGCGCAGCAGUGCGCGGUGAUCGGGGCUCUGGCGGAGCGCGUGGACGCGCUUGAGCGCGCCGUGCGGCGGGUGGAGGACGCCGAGCGCCGCCGCCGGCGGGGCAAGAAGCUGAAGAAGGAUGGGAAGGGGAGCAAUAGGUGCUACACCGAUUGAGGACAGCUCUGCUUUCCUUGUCUGUAGCGACGAAAUAUUAGUUGAUUAUUGUUUUGUAAACUUCGUUUCAUUUGUUUUUGUGCCCCCAAAACUACCGGGAUGGAUGUUUGUUCCCGUUUUGCAUCGAGAAAU